AGAAUCAUCAGAACAUUCAAAAAAGGAAAAAGAAAAAGUUUGUCAAAGCAAAUUUGAAAACGUUGUUCUGUAAUCACUGGUCAAAAGAGAUGAUGGAAAGAAGAAGAACGGCUUUGGCACUGCUGCUGGUAGUGGUGGUUCUGACGUGGCAGAAGGGAACGACGGCGAAGGACGCGAGAAGCGCCGCUGAAAUGGCAAAGAAAAUGGCAACAGAGACUGUUUCAUGGGCCGGUUGGGUCUCUGACAGAAUAACCACUGGACUUGGUAUAAAAAAAAAGGAACCAGAAAGUGCCGCCCAACGCACAAAAAACUACGCUUACAAGGCCGCACAAUACAUCAAAGACUCAGCGUAUGACAUGGCUGGUGAUGCAAAGGAUAUGGCUUAUGAAAAGGCAAGCAAUGCAAAAGAAAUGGCCUCCGAGAAAACUGGCUAUGUAAAGGACAUGGCUUACGAGCAGGCUGGAAAUGCGAAGGAUUAUGCUUAUGAUAAGGCAGGCAACGCGAAGGACAUGGCGUACGAGAAGGCAGGACACACGAAGGAUUAUGCCUAUGAUAAGACUGGUAAUGCAAAAGAAGUGGCCUAUGAUAAGGCAGGCAUUGCGAAAGACAUAGCUUACGAACAGGCUGGACACGCGAAGGAUUUUGCUUAUGAUAAGGCAGGGAAUGCAAAGGACAUGGCCUACGAGAAGGCCGGACACGCUAAGGAUUAUGCCUAUGAAAAGGCUGGUGAUGCAAAAGAAGUGGCAUAUGAUAAGGCGGGCAAUGCAAAGGACAUGGCAUAUGAAAAGGCGGACAAUGUGAUAGACAUGACGUAUGACAAGGUGGGAUCUGCUUACAGUAGUGCCAAGGACAUGGCAUAUGAUAAUGCGGGAAAUACAAAAGACAUGGCCUAUGAUAAAGCGGGUAAUGCCAAGGACAUGGCAUACGAGAAGGCGGAAAAUGUCAAAGACAUGACAUAUGACAAGGUUGGAGCUGCUUACGGCAAUGCCAAGGACAUGGCCUAUGAUAAGGCGGUUAACGUGAAGGACAUGGCAUAUGAGAAGGCGGGAAAUGUGAAAGACAUGACGUAUGAAAAGGUGGGAUCUGCUUACGGCAGUGCCAAGGACAUGGCAUAUGAGAAGGCGGGCGAUGCGAAAGACAUGGUGUAUGACAAGGUGGGAGCUGCUUACGGCAGUGCUGAGAAAGCAAAGGAUUACGGGUAUGAAAAAACCGGCGAUGUGAUCAGGAUGGCCACAGACAAGAGCUGUGAAGGCUAUGAAGGAGCUAAAGAGAGGUCAAAGAGUGCCAAAGACAUGGCAGCUGAUAAAGGGGAAGGUGCAGUAAAGUAUGGUAGAGACAAAGCAACGGAAGCAAUGGAUGGAUCUGUUGAGUAUAUUAAAGAAAAAUCACACAAAGCUAAAGAUGGAGCGGCCAAAGGGUUCGGAGAAACCAUGGAAAAGGUCAAGGAAACAUCGAAACACGCAUAUGAAACCGCAAAAGAAAAGGCUUCUCAUGUUGCCGAAGAGAUUAGGGAGCGUUAUGUUGAGCUCUAAAAUCAGUUUCUCUUACAGUUCCGAAUUUUAAUCAAAUCUAUUUUCCAAAAUGUAAACACAAUAGUCUAACAAGGAUCUUAGUAUAUAUUAAAGUCUCUUACAUUUCUUUCUU